GCGAGGAACGAUGUCUGCCGGGGGCCCACGGCGUCGGGGCUGAGGGGGGCAGGCGGAGCUGAGUUCGGGGUCUCGGCUAGGGAACUCCGGCGUCCCCCAGUAAACGCUGCGCCCAAUGUCUCUUGUCCCUUGCAGCACGCUGCCGGCUGGUACCUCCCUCCUCUCUGAAGCGUAACCGGGGAGGGGGUGGAAAGCAAAGGAAGUUUGGUAUUUAUUUUUUUUUUUCCCUUUAGUCUUUGGAGAAGGGUUCCCUUUCCCUCCGUCUGCGGAGGGCAGUAAGACUGAGUGCUGUGGCGGAGGAGAGAGGGGCACAGCUGGAAGGGGGCUUUCCGGAGCCUCGUCCUCCCCACCCCACCGCCCUGUACCUGGGGUGCUGAAUGCGAGCUACGCGGAGCUCCCCCGAGAGUAGCGGUAGCGGCCCGGCAGAUGUAGAUGCCUGCGCCUGUGUUUAUUUAACCCUUUCUUGGCUACUCGGAUUUGUACCAUGCUGAAGAUCCUCACCAAAAAGCUCAGGAACCAGAGUUUGAAUGAAAUUCAGCCUUUCCAGCUAAAGAUCUCCUACCCCCCAAGUGAUGAGGACAGCGAUGACUCUGAGGGAGAGAACCAGGAACUUGCUCAGAUCGACAGAGAGAGAAGACGGAAUUGUACCUUGACCCCCCUGGCCACCAACCAGCUCCAGAACCAAGAGAACCAAUGCUGCAAGGUUCGGGCCCUUUUCCAGGCCAGUCUUGACCGCCACAGUUCAGAAGAGGAGCUGGAGCGCAUCAACCGCGAGUUUGCAGCUGAGAAGCGGAAGUGGUCCCAGGUCAGCAGGCUCGCCUGCUGCAGUGACAGCAACAACACCUCCUCCAGUGACGAAGAAGUGAAAAACUUGUGUGCCAUGUCCUUCCAGCCUGUGGCAGAGCAGGCUGAUGGCCUGCACGCCAGCCCGAGCCCCGUGCUCUUCAGUGCCUCCCCUCCCAAGAGACUCCAGCCCCUGGUGCGCAGCCCAGCCUCCAGACCUUUAAUCUUCACAAGUGUCGGGGCAGGUCUUGAGCAAGUCAUGCCUUGUAAGAGACAUCGACAAGGAUAUGGGGAUAAGGUCAGCAGGCCCAGCCUUGACCUGGAAAAAAUGCAGCAGAAGAUGCUGCUUAGGAAGAAUUGUGGAGCGAAGACUAGAGUUAUUAAAAUUCAUAGCAUCAGCGGAGGCCGCCCGCCGCCCCACUUUGUGUAUGAUCCCUCCACCUUUGCCUUCCGGUCCCUCAGCACCUUGAAGCCGCUGAGCCCGAUAGCUCCAGUGGAAGAACCAUCAUGUGCCUACUGAAGGAGUUUCUCCAAAAACCUCAGGAACUAUCAGCCAACCACCUGCCUGGCAGGGAGAAAGGGAGGUGGUGAUACCCAAGGGGAUGGGUGAGAGCAGAAGAGGACAAUGACACAUCUUUGCAAUACAGCCUCUCUGGCAGCAGGAAGCACGUGGCUUUGCAGCAGUGCCUGUUUUCCUAUCAUUGCCAUAUCUGAGUAGUGGCAAAGGGUGAGAUGUUAGUCUUUUGGGGCACAACAAACCAGUCAGGCCCGGAAAAUGUAAGGUCAGACACCAGGGCAGUGUCAAACACCUGGUGGUAGUUGAAGAUAUCCCUGAGGAGUUCAGGGGAUAGCAUGGCCUUACACAGCAGGGGUGAUUGAUCAGAGUGAAACCAAACCAAAUCAGUUCCCCAGGAGUACCUGAUCAUUCUCCCACACAAAAGUGAGCUCAGGAUGGAGAAAAGAGGCUCUAGAAGGCUGCCUGCAAAGCAAGAAAAUCCCUCGCUGACACUGUUACUGUUGGAUCUACUUCAAGCUCUCUUGUGUGGAAGACCUUAGGAGAGGGAGGUGGGAGAGGCCAGCUGGCAAAUCUAGUUGCGUGUUCCAGCUGGUCUGCCAACAACUCGGUGAUACCUAAAAUGGGUUGAAAGUUGUAGAUCAGGGAUUAAGAUUCUAGAAUGGAGGGUCUGCAUUCAGCCAUCCAGGGAAACAUAGUGGCCACUUUCAGUUGUCUCAGCAUCAUCAGAGAGAAGUUGAUGGAGUGGAGUGUGCUCUUGCAUCUCCUCUUUGCUGAGAUGUCUGUGUCCUGGAUUAUGCAGUACUCAUCCACAACUUUGUCCUCCUGCCCUAGCAUGAUUCUGAAGGUAACUGUAUCACCAAACUCAACCUAAAGUCUCUAGCAAGCUUUUAAUUUCCCUUUUAUGAUGGCUAAUAAAUUCAUGUAGACCCACCUUGUACCAAUAGAACAAGUGUUCCCAGACGUAGCAUGGGGUGGGAGAAAGGGUCUCUUUUUUUUUGCCAUCUGUUGAUGAUAGAAGAAACGGGAGGGGAGUUUGGGUGAGACUGUGGGAUAUUUUUUCUACAAGCAGUCCUAAGGCAGUUAGCUACCACUGGACUGUGAUUGAGAUUUGGUCUUGAGGUGUGUGUGUAUAUGCUUCAUGCUACAAGGUAACAGCUAAUGGGACAAAUUCUCACCUUUCCUGGUGAGGUAUUUCCCCUUGCUGCACCUGGGAGGGAGAGUAACCUCUUUGUCUAUGGUAUUCCCCACCUUGAGCCUCUGUCUAGCAGGUACAAGAGGGAGUGAGUAGUUUACUUCUUGUCUGGAUCAAGAGGAGCAACUAUGAGUAAUACAAAGUAAUUUAAAAUCUGCUCCAGUGUGGAGGUCUUUGAUGCGACUCUGGAUGAGACCAAUGAUCAGUCCAGCUGCCAGCAGGAGGCCACACAGUGAACCAGCAUUCACUGGUUCUUUCUGGGCCCUUCAUUGAGCCCCAAAGGCCACUUAGUCCUGGGGACCUGAAUCCCUCACCCCUGCCCUCCUCCUUCCCCAACCUCCUCUCACUCAGGCAGGCAGAGCAGCUGGGCAAGGCCGUGAGGAGAUACCUGUCCUGAUAGGCCCCAUCUCUGCAUGUUCCUUUGCUCCAGAUGAUCACAGUCCCUCCACCAGCAGCACCUCCAAGAGGUCACUUGGGUUUGCUGGUGAGGAGCCUCUCUGGCAGAGCAUAUUGGUUCCCUGCAAGAAGUCCUUUCAAUAGAGACUGAUUCUUCUGCCCAUUCCUUCUGCCCUCGUAAAGACUCUGCUUGUCUCAUUUUGCUGGCACUCCUCAGCUUUUUAACUGCUGCCAGAUCAAGCUGACCAGUGCAGAACAGGAAGCGUUGACCUUUCGGACCAAAUCCCUGUGCUCAGGAGAAGGGACAUCUGUAGCCUGGUACCCAACUGAAGAGGCACAUUCCCCAUGCAGAUGGCUGGGGUGGCAGCCCCUGCAUGGCUUCAUGCCCCUGGGCUUUGCUUACUGAAAGCUGCUGAGGUGCUUGGCUCCAGAGAUGUGUUUUUGCCAGCCUGUGGGUGCAGCAGGCUGCCUCCCCCUGUGUGGGAGUGGGGGACAGGGAUGUCCUGCCAGUGUUGUUGCCUUUUAGUACUUUUGUAACUUUUCUGUCUUUUCUUAUUCAAUCAGAAGGAAUAAUAAAAACGCAACAAUGAAUUAAAGUGUAACAGCUGCUA